CCCUCGACUAGUUGAACUAGUCGUAGCCGAAGGAAUAUAUACAAUAUAUCUUCGGUACGCACAAAUAAAAAAGUUAAACCACGGCUCUAUAUGUUUAUUCGUUACGUGGGUAGAGGACGCUAAAAACACCUCAAGCACAAGCAAGCUACAGUGGCGCAGACAAGAUGCUAUCGCUGCAGAAUCAACGGCAACCGAAGACAACCCCCCUUGUCGAUGAUUAUCUAAUCUCUGAUACGGUCCUCGGUCUGGGCAUCAACGGAAAGGUGGUGGAGUGCACCCAUAAACGCACCAAGCAAAAAUAUGCGCUCAAAGUACUUCUGGAUAAUGAGAAGGCGCGUCGAGAGGUCGAUCUGCAUUGGCGGGUCAGCGGAUGCAAGCAUAUUGUGAACAUUACCGAUGUAUACGAGAAUACAUAUAGUGGACGCAAGUGCCUGCUUGUUGUCAUGGAAUGCAUGGCCGGUGGGGAGCUUUUCCAACGCAUACAGGAUAAAGCUGACAGUGCAUUCACGGAACGAGAGGCUGCCCAAAUAAUGCACGAAAUAUGUGUGGCUAUACAUUAUCUGCACAGUCGAGACAUAGCACAUCGCGACCUUAAGCCUGAGAACUUGCUAUAUACUACAAAUCAGCCGAAUGCGAUUCUUAAGUUGACGGACUUUGGAUUUGCCAAAGAGACACUAUCCAAUGACACUCUUCAAACGCCUUGCUACACCCCCUAUUAUGUGGCGCCCGAAGUUCUGGGACCUGAAAAAUAUGACAAGAGUUGUGACAUCUGGUCUCUGGGUGUGGUCAUGUACAUCAUAAUGUGCGGCUUUCCGCCGUUCUAUAGCUUCAACGGACUGGCCAUAUCGCCCGGCAUGAAGAAACGCAUACGCACCGGCCAAUAUGAUUUUCCCGAUCCGGAGUGGACGAACGUUAGUCAGGCAGCAAAAGAUCUGAUCAAGGGCAUGCUGAAUGUGGACCCAAGCAAGCGUUUGCGUAUCGAGGAGGUGAUGCGCAAUAAGUGGAUAGCACAGUACAAUGCCGUGCCGCAGACUCCGCUCUGCACCGGACGAAUGUUGAAGGAGGGCGAAGAGACCUGGCCGGAGGUGCAGGAGGAAAUGACACGUUCGCUGGCGACCAUGCGUGUGGACUACGAUCAGAUGCAAAUCAAGGCAUUGGACAAGUCCAAUAAUCCCUUGCUGACGAAGCGCAGGAAAAAGACUCAGGGGAUCAUUUGUAAGAAAUGAGAGCGGCGAAGAGACAACAACAACAACACCAAUACUGCUGGCCUCAAUGUAACAAAAACUAAACGUGAACAACAAUUGUAAAUCCAAUACACACACACACUUCUAAAGACACUUAGUUCCCAGCGCAGUCAAAGUUGCGCAGCUUUGCCAAUGCUUAACUAUUCUACAUAUAUAUGUAUAUACAUAUUAUAUAUAUAUAUAUUGAUCAGCAGUUAGAGUCUUUUUUUAAAUGUUUUUAUGCUGUUUUAUUUUCAUGUGUAUUGGCUCGCGUACGAAAAAUGUUUUUCUUUCGUAUGCAUCAAUUAUUUAUAGUCUAAAAAGUUAUCCUUAAAUAGUGAAGUUCGUUCUGUACAAUAAACGAAGGAAGAAAAUGUGUAAACGGAUCAAGCUAAUAAGUCCUGGCUGCAUCCGAAAGUGUCGUAGGAACUUCUAAGCUAAUGUUAACAACAUUUUAGUUUAUAAUUGUAAUUUCGUAUUUGUAUGUCAAACCUUAGAUGAAAUUAAGACGGUUAGUGGACGUGUCAAUUGUUUAGUGCUAAAGUCAAUAAGCGACAACAAAAGUUGCAGUCCAAUAUUGGUUUAUAAUAUUGAACUGCCUCUAUUUUGGCAAACUAUGUGUGCAUAACUAUACCAUUUAACCUUAACAAUAAAGUAUUUAUAGUCUUUUAACGAGCAGGAA